AUGCCCUCACCUCAGACUCACCGGGACGUUCCCCCCCUACCCCCUCCUUCGACCUUCUCCAUCCUCCCGGACAUCUACAUCCUCCUCGCACGCUUAAACCUCCUCCACCAACCGCAACUGAACGGACACUCGCAGUCGCAAUCGCAAUCGUCUCAAACUCAAACCUCCUCAACCCAGCAUCUUCCAUCACAGACGCAUUCGGCCGCUACAGUGACGGGAUCCCAGAUUCCCGCUUCAAUUCUCAACGGAGCGAGUCUGCUCGAGCUCAAAGACCUGCCGGGCCAGAUCUAUCCGCUGAGGCAAAAAUUGGCGAGGGCACGCGCCGCGGUGGAGGAGUUGCCGGACGUGGAGAGGACCGUGGAGGAGCAGGAGGCGGAGAUUCGAAAGCUGGAGGCCAUGGUGAGGGCGUUGAAAACACGGCUAGGCGCGUUAGGCGCGAUUGCGCGCGAGAAGGCAGAUGUGGAGAUGACAGAGCAGGAGGAAGGAUGA